UAAAUGUGUCUACAAAACAGAAGUCUCUCCAGGCAUAGUAUUUUGAGGUUCUUCAAUUUUGCUGAUGUGAAAAGGCAUUCCUUUUUCUUGGUUUUCAAAGUUGUAUUGCAUUUAUGUUUUAUUUGCAAGGAAGCAUGAACAAAACAAUUUUUGAUAAACACGAAAAGCUGUUUUGCCUCAUUAUAUUGGAUGACAAGUGAGAUCUUACAGCUUCACAUCAAAUCAGUGGAAAAACAAUUAUCUGUAAAAAGUAUGUGCAAACAUUUUUCUGACAAAGCUAAGAUUCAAGGCAACGUGUCUGGAAUUUGUUUCUCCCUUUAGGCUGCCUCCAUUCCAUGAAACAUCUGUCUCAAUUUCCGCUCUUCCUGGAGCCUCCUUUUGGUCUCUCUACAAAUCCAUUCCUUCUGAAUCGGCCUCAUUCUGACCUACAGAUGGAAACCAUUGAAAUAGCCACAGUGAUGCCUUCAGGGAACAGAGAGCUCCUCACUCCACCCCCACAGCCUGAGGAGGCCCAGGAAGAGGAAGAGGAGGAGGAAUCUACUCCCAGGCUGAUUGAUGGCUCUUCUCCCCAGGAGCCUGAAUUCACAGGGGUUCUGGGGCCACACACAAAUGAAGACUUUCCAACCUGUCUUCUGUGUACUUGUAUAAGUAUCACCGUGUACUGUGAUGACCACGAACUUGAUGCUAUUCCUCCGCUGCCCAAGAACACCGCUUAUUUCUAUGCCCGCUUUAACAGAAUUAAAAAGAUCAACAAAAAUGACUUUGCAAGCCUAAGUGAUUUAAAAAGGAUUGAUCUGACAUCAAAUUUAAUAUCUGAGAUUGAUGAAGAUGCAUUCCGAAAACUGCCUCAACUUCGAGAGCUUGUCCUGCGUGACAACAAAAUAAGGCAGCUCCCAGAAUUGCCAACCACUUUGACAUUUAUUGAUAUUAGUAACAAUAGACUUGGAAGGAAAGGGAUAAAGCAAGAAGCAUUUAAAGACAUGUAUGAUCUCCAUCAUCUGUACCUCACUGAUAACAACUUGGACCACAUCCCUCUGCCACUCCCAGAAAAUCUACGAGCCCUUCACCUCCAGAAUAACAACAUUCUGGAGAUGCACGAAGAUACGUUCUGCAAUGUUAAAAAUUUGACUUAUAUUCGUAAGGCACUAGAGGACAUUCGAUUGGAUGGAAACCCUAUUAAUCUCAGCAAAACUCCUCAAGCAUACAUGUGUCUACCUCGUCUGCCUGUUGGGAGCCUUGUCUAAUUUCAGAUAAUGAUUAGCAUUAUGAUGGCUACUAUAAAUAAACCAUUCUUACUGCUCUCCUCCAAAACAAAACUCAGCAUGAUACUUUGAGAUUGUGUUCUGAGAGAUGAUAUGACUACAUAAAAUACAAUUAAAAAUGUUAUAAUAGAAUGAAAAUGUAGUAAUUUAACACCAGAUAAGUUAGGAAUAAACCUAUAACAUUUACAAAAAGAGCAAAACUAAGUGAUAGAAAAUAUUUCACACAUGUUCUUAUAGAUCACGUAUCACUUGUAAGUCUUAGGAGUUCAUAUCCUAUAUCAUUUCAAAUUAAGUGCAUAAUAAAGUAAAAUUUUGAAAUGAACACUUUAGGUAUUUUUGCCAAGAUUUAGAUGUUUUUAAUUAAACUUUUCUCUUCCUUUUUUUUUUUUUUUUUUACUAAAGCAUGUUUAUUCCCCUAAUCCAUUAAAGAGCAUGAAAAAAAGAAUAAAUGUAUUUGAAAAUAAUAA